CGUCGCUCAUCUCCACCCACGUAAACUACUGUAAGAUUUGACGGUGUUCCAAUUUCUAUAGGCUCCGACGUCGGCGGAGCUCGUGGUCCCGCUCGGAUAUGGCGGGUCGACUCGCGAGGAGGCUCUCGUCCUCGCCGGAACCCUCCUUCCUCGUCUAUAGAUGCCCGAUCUUCGCUUGGUCGGGUCGCGAUCCGUGUGGGCCCAGGCGGGCUGCUUCGUCGUCGCCGCCGUCGUCGUCAUCGUCUUCGUCUUCACCUCCGUCGCCGGAUGGAGCGGCCUCGAAGCCCCAGAAGAAGAUUACGGACCGUCUAUCGGCCGUGAUCGACGCCGUCAAUGACCGCAAGCUUCCUCCCGAACUCCGUGGCCGUCGCAACUCCGUCAGAUCUGAGACUGAUAUUGUGAACAUAGUGGAGCAAAGAAUAUGGCAUUCGAUGGAGGAAGGACAUUUUGAGAACUUACCUGGAAAAGGGAAACCCCUUGACCUCAGCGUAAAUCCGCAUGCAGAUCCAGCAGAAGACACCUUGUAUCGGAUUCUUAAUAAGAAUGGCUGUGCUCCAGAGUGGGUAGAACUUAACAAGGAAAUAAGGAGUGCGAUGUCCGAGUGGCGGAGAGUGCUAAAGAAAGCAUGGAUGAGCAGAAGCAAUGGGAGUCGAUCCGAGUGGGACGACCGUUCGGAGGCUUUGAAAGUGCAAAUGCGCGGUAUUAAUGACAAGGUCUUUCGGUAUAAUCUCAUUGUGCCCUUUGGACGCCAAAUGUUUGGGAUGAAGUGGGAGAAAGAAUUAGAUCGUUUGAACGACGAAUGACCUCUCAUACAGUUGUAGUAUUAUAACAAUUUUGGAGUCGUACUUUGGAGGUGAUGUUAUAUUUAUGAAAUGUUAUAGUUGUAAAAUGGUUUAGUGGAAUGCGCUCAUCGUUUAAUUUUGAA